CCAAAACUAUGCAGAUUCCUAGUCAGAUGGAUGUUGGCCCGAAUGGGAUCAAGUUCAGUCCUUUCCCAUCACGGCAUUGCGAGCCCUCCACUAACAUGUGAAGGAAGUCAGCAGGAGGGGAGAGCGCAACAGGGACCCGGGGACCAGAGAUGGGGCCAAAAUCCACCUCUGGCUUUUAUCUCAGUAAGAAGGCAGCUGUGUUUUUCGCCUUGCUCAUCUUGGCGUUGCUGGUGAUUUCAACUGUCUUUGCAGUUCUUUACGCCAGGCUGAGGGCUGAGAAAACCCAAGAGGUCGCCCCUACGACCCAGGAGCCCCCCAGCAUCAGCAGCUCGAUGCUGCCCGUAGCUGAACGCUAUGGGCCAUGGAACCAUUCCCGUUUGCCGAGCAGCCUGCUCCCCAUCCAUUACCAGCUGGAGCUGUGGCCAAAGCAGGUGCAGCCCGGCAAGGACCAGCAAUACUUUUUAACCGGCCAGGUUAAUGUGACAGUGAUGUGUCUAGAGGAGACCGAGGUGUUCCUGAUUCACAGCCAAAACCUCAAUUACUCCGGGCUGAGUAUCACUGCUGCCGGCCGCACUCCUCAGCUGGACCCUCUCCCUGCUCCCAACAUUCAAGAGAUCUGGCUUGAAGUUAACAAUGACUAUCUGGUGAUCGAACUGGACGGGAAACUGGUGCCGGGACAGGAGUACAUUCUGCAAAGCAACUACAGCGGGCAGCUGGACCAGGAGCUGAACGGACUCUUCUUCAGUCACGACCCUCAACGGCAGCACCAAAAAAUUGUCAUUGCAUCCUUGUUGGAACCAACACAUGCCCGGUCAGUUUUCCCAUGUUUCGAUGAACCUGCUAUGAAGGCAACUUUUGACAUCAGACUUGUGAACCGCCCUGAGUUUGUAGCAAUUUCUAACAUGCCAGCAAUUGAUGUUUCUGAAAGACUGGACGAGGAUGGUAGAUGGAAAGUUACAACAUUUAACACCACUGUGAAGAUGUCUACCUAUACAACUGCUUUUGUUAUUUUUGACUAUGAUUACAUUAACACAACUUAUAAUGACAUAGAGAUUCGUGUGUGGGCAGAUAAAACAGCCAUAUCAAAUGGUGAAGCUGAAUAUGCAUUAAAUAUUACAGGCCCAAUACUCUCAUACUUUGAAAAGUAUUAUGAUGUGAAUUAUCCUCUCCCCAAAUUGGAUAUUGUAGCUUUGCCUCACUACGGAGCAGAGGCAAUGGAAAAUUGGGGUCUGCUGCUAUUCCGAAAGAAUUCGUUGUUGUCUGAUCCAAAGAAGGAAUUAUCUGAAAGAUUAGCCAUAUCUUCAAUAAUUGCACAUGAGCUGGCACAUCAGUGGUUUGGAAACCUGGCCACGAUGAGAUGGUGGAAUGAUUUAUGGCUUAAUGAAGGAUUUGCGUCAUACUUUGAAAACCUUGAAUUUUCUUCCGAAAAUCAUGUGGAAAAAUUGGAACAUAAAUACCCAAUUCAUUUGAAAUAUCUAGUGUUCCAAAGUGAGAGGCAUGUUCCUUCACAUUCUUUGUCAAUGAAGAAAGAAGAUAUUCAAACGUUUGACAAAAUCAUGGAAAUGUUCAGCGACAUCACAUACAUCAAGGGUGCAUCCAUCAUCCACAUGAUCUCCAACUUUAUGACAGAGGAGCUGUUUGCAAAAGGGCUCAGAUCAUACCUCAAGGCCUUUUCCUAUUCAAAUGCUGAGACAGAUGACAUGUGGCAUCAUUUGCAGAUGGCCAUAGAUAGUCAGGAUGUUAUUAAACUGCCAGCAUCAAUAAAAUCCAUCAUGGACACAUGGACAGUGCAGGAAGGAUUACCUACUAUAACAGUUAAUACAACAAGUGGCACUGUAAAACAGGACUACUUUGAAAAAACAGAGGAAAACAGAAAUUCAAACUACUCAUGGUAUAUUCCUAUUUUCUGGAUGAAGAAUGGAUCAAUGCAGCCACUUAUCUGGUUUGAUGAGGAACAUAAAACAUACCCUGAGAUAAAACGCACCACAGAAGAAGAAUGGAUUCUGCUGAACAUCAAUAUAUCCAGCCUCUGUAGAAUUGUCUAUGAUGAUUCAAAUUGGCAGCAGCUAAUUCACCAACUAAACAAAGAUCCAACAGUUAUCCCAAGUUCAAGCAGAAUACAACUAAUCAGUGAUGCAUUUGACCUAGAAACGACUGGAAAUAUUGACAUCCGAACUGCUCUGAGUAUAACUACUUAUCUUGCUAAGGAACAGGAUAAUAAUGUAUGGACUGUAGCCUUUAUUUACUUAAGCAGGCUUGAAAUAGUAACAAAGACCACCUAUACAUUUGGGCUUUACAAGAAAUAUAUUUUCAGUCGAAUUGUUCCAUUUUAUUAUCAUCAAAUGAAAUUGAUGAAUGAAGAUUUCAAUAAUAUUCAUAAUAGCAGUGUUGAAAAAACAAUAUUCAUUAGAACUCUUAAAAAAUUGCAUCUACUUGAUCUAAAGGAUUUCAUGGAUCGCGCAACAGAUCUUUAUUCACAACUGAUGAGUAACCCAGCUAACAAUACAAUUCCAAAUUAUGUCAGACGGUAUAUUUACUGUGAGGCCAUUAGAGCUGGCACUGAAAAAGAAUGGAACUUUGCAUGGACGCUUUACCAGAAUUCAUCACAAGAUGAUGAAGGAUUACUGUCUGCAAUGGGUUGUAGUCGAGAACCAUGGAUUCUAUCUAGAUAUUUGCACUAUACUCUGGAUGAGUUAACAGUCUCUCAGAAGCAUUCAUAUAGAGUUUAUCAGUCGGUUGCAGAAAAUCCAAUUGGUUGGCCUUUAGUAUGGAACUUCUUAAGAGCAAACUGGAAUAGUAUUAAUACAAACUCUACCUAUUACCUUGAACUGAUAACUUUACUUCAAGUAGUUGGUGAAGGGCUCCUAACUGAUUUUGGAUUACAAGAGUUUGAAUUAUUCCUGAACAGUACCAUUGAUGAAGGAGAAUGGGCAGAUAUGGUUGAGCAGAUCAUCGAUCUCUCACAGGAUCUUUUGAAUUGGAAGAAGAAAAUUCACAUCGAAGUUCACAAUUGGUUAAGUGAACAUAUACUUGCAGACUAAAUCAGCACCAAAAUUCAGGAAUACAGUAAGGGUCCAUUCGCUUAAACAAAACUGUUAUUUUCUCAUGAAUCAAUCCCAACCACCUAAUUUGCACUAUAGCUUUCACGUUUUCUUUCUCCAAAGGUCUCUUUAACUUAUUUGUGCUGAUAACUUCAAUCACCUUUCCUGUUAAGGCGACUGCGCAAUUCUAGUAUUAGUUGAGAGUAGCAGAUAUGCUUGACUUCUAUUCCAGAUAUAAAAGCUCAAUUUUAACUUGUUCACCAGUAUGUAUUCCUCACUUCAAUAAAGAAAAACAAACUGGCACAAACAUUAUUUGGCAGAAUGUUACUGGCCCUGGAGAGGUAGGAAUUGAGGUGGCUUGGGGAAGGCUUUGUAUGUGGAAUGUGGCUGCACUAGGUCAGCUUCUUGUUGUCUUCCCACCUUCAAUGAAUGUUACCAGAUGCUGACAGCAGGAACCAUCAGCAGUUGACAGAUUACCAACAAUUAUUUAAUGACAAACUGACAAUUGUUUCACUGCAUUUUCCAACCGCUUGGAGCCAUCCGUGUAGCAGCUGAGGAAUUUGAGGAAGCUGUCAGACAUGGUUGAGGAGCGUUCAUGGAGACAAUGUGGCAGCUUUGUGGUCACAACAAAGGCUUUUCAUUCAAGGUGUGUACAAUCAAAGGAAAAGCUUCAUAGAGAUGUCCAAGUACAAAUGCAAUAUGCUGGAGGAGGAGUUGAAGCCAAUGGGAAGUGAUGGACAUCCAGCGCCUGUAACUUUAAAGGUGAUGUUUGUACUUAAAAGAUUUUGCUCGUGAUUCAUUCCUGGUGCCAUGUGGCUCCAUCAGUUAGCAGCCCUUUGCUGCAAAAAUCGCACAUGCCAUGAGGCUGACCCAUAUAUCCAGUUCACAAUCAAUAGGACCAGUCAGGCCUAGACAGGAGUUACUUUGGGGCUCUGGCUGACAUUUCCUCAGGUGCAUCAAAUUAUUGGCUGUCUUCAUGUAGUCAUUAAAGCUACCUCAGAAUCUGUGAACAGGAAAGUUUUUAUAGUUUGAAUUAUUCCUGAACAGUACCAUUGAUGAAGGAGAAUGGGCAGAUAUGGUUGAGCAGAUCAUCGAUCUCUCACAGGAUCUUUUGAAUUGGAAGAAGAAAAUUCACAUCGAAGUUCAUUUGUUCAAAUCAUUUGUGAUCACUGUGACGGAUCAGGCAUGUCCCCAGUGCCUCAGUUGUUCAGGCCAGCAUGCCUUCAUGCUGACUGUAGGGGACGAGGAUUAUUCCCUGAACUCACAGCUUCUGACCCCUGUACACAACCUGAACACAAGUCAGAGGACAUAUAAAACUUCCAUCAUAUGACUACAAGGGCCUCCAUCAAGUAGGUCAUUGGCCUCUUGAAAGGUUUAAAUGUCUCUGAAGACAUCAAGAAGACAUUUGUUUCAACUUCAAGGAUAUCCGGUACAUUGCAGAACCUGUUACUCCAUUGGGAGUAGGGCUAGGCACUGAGUGAGCCCCAUCCUUUCAGGAAGAGGGAGAUAAAAACGAGGUGCACCAAUAUAUGUCAACUGAGGGGCCCAGCACAUAGGUUAGUGACAUGCACAGCAGGAUGGAUUUAUGAUUCUUUGAUCACCAGGCAUUUCACUUUAGGACAAGUGCAUCAGAAAUACUUUGCACCUCUCUAUAACAUGGUCGUAUAUGUAAAUUCUAUCAACACAGAUGCUUAGGAUGCCCUUAAUAUUACAUACCAUCCAAUGAUUUGAUUCCACAUCAGGUCACUAUAAACUGUUGUUUAAAAUUAAAAAUGUGAGCCUUUAUACAUUGAAUGCCAAGCACUUUAACUCUCAUUAAAUAUGAAGUGCUACUGCAGUUAACUAAUUAUUCUCAUCCGGUCAAAAUAUAAGUGUAAGUUCCCCCAUCCAAUCACGCAUUCACUUGCAAACAUUUCUAUCAGUGUUACUGCUGCACCAGAUGCUGACGAGAUGUUGCCUGCUGCCUUUCUUGCUCCAGUGCAUUAGCUGGCAGUAGUUUGCAACUUUGGGGGCCUCUCACAUUAGAGUCACCUGUAUCUGCGCAGGUUUCACAUCAGUCAUCAGACCAGCAUGCAGCUUUUAUAUCAUCAUCAAAUGGCCAAGGAUCUACCUUUGAUGAUCAAAGCACUUUGUAAUGAGCCGCUAUUACCUUCUGCUUGCCCUCCCUGAGCCUUUUCAGAUCCCUUGAGUCUUAAUUGUUUGGUUUCAAUGCCUGCCAGCAGUAAUGCCUCUGACCCCUCACCUCAGCCCACUCCGCAGGAUCAGGCAGCAUUACGAGCAUUCAUGCAAAGCCCAUUGCAGUGCUUUGUUCCAUGUACAUUUCCAUGAGGGUUAUCAUUUCUGAUUGGAAAUUCACAGCCUCUGUAAACUCUACAGAUUUCCCACUGUUGCUGAAGCAUCGACUUCUUUGCUGAUGAUACCCGGGGCUUGUCAUCUACACGGAGCUGUGCACUAGUGGAUCUCUUCUCAUUUUAGCAGCUACACCUGCCACUGCCUCCGCUUCUCAUCCUGCAUGUUUGUGCUGACCAAAUUGUUAUGCCCAUUCCACACUUUACAGCACUUCUAUCCUGGUCAUUCUAAGAAAGUGUAAAUGUGUAGCAUAGUGCCACUGGGAGGGUAUGGUGUAGCAGCCAUUCAGCAAUCUGAAUGUAGCAGUCACCCAUCGCUAAUCAUAUAGUUUAAAGAACUGGGCUCCUCAUAUAGAUUUUGGUGCUUGCUGUUGCCUCUUAUCCCAGCCCAUGUAUCCUGGGUAAUUUCUAAUUCAUGCCUGGGCUUCAAUUUUCCCAUGUUAAAUGGUUCUCACUCUUUCAAACUGCAGCAGGUAAUUACGUUUCUUCCAGCACAGGAUCUGUGUUCUUUCAACAUCCAUUUCAGUGCUUAUGCAGCAACUCCAGGUAUGCUUUCUGGUUGAGACCAGCUGCCUUCUCUACUCAACUGCUGGAAUCAGAGCCUGAAUCUUGGAGCAACCCCAAAAGUUGAAAACCCAAUUCCUUUACUGUUAUACUGAAUUUUCUUUGCUGUUCUCUUCUGUUAACAUUGUCUACAAUUAAAUGAGCAGGGCUACACACAGUAUCUUAGAUGCAUUGAUCCAUGCCUUAAAUUGCAACAAAAUUACCUCUUUUAAUCAUGCAACAUCCAGAAUUUUGCCAUUUUAUCUGCAGUUGUGCAUUCUACUUAUUGUUUCUUAUAUUUAUCAAUUAUAAUUCCAAAGCAUCUUUUUCUUGACAGCACUCUCCAUUUCACAUACGUUCAUUCUUUAGAUUCUUGGUCUUGUAUAAACCAGUUCAAAAUUUAAUUGAAUCUAUUGUGUACAGGUUAAAAUCAUUCUGACUCUGACAAAUAUUUUCUUCAUCCAUCGCCCCAGGUUCUUGCCACCUCCAGGGUUCUCUUCCUUUUCUAUUGCAAGAUUCCAAACCUACCUUUCCCUGUAAACUCCAGCAGUUAGCCACAUGGGACUGCCUGCAGUCCCAGUGGUGACCAGUGAUCCCAGUGGUGCUACUGGAACUAGAGCUGCCAGCCAAUCAAAGGUGGCAGUGUUUCCCAAGUGUGUGAUUGAAGCUCUGCCUCCAGCCAAUUAAAACACCAGCCAGUGUUCCUAGCUGCGAGGCAGUAGGCAUCAAUAGGGGCAAAGAUCUAGUCUUUUCUUUUUUUUAAAUACAACUUUCCAUCUAGCAGUAUAUAUAUUUCUUAGUUUAUAGCCUUAUAAUAAUAUAAAUGUGUUGAAUGUUUUCUGAAAAUCUGAGUAAAUGCUAUCAACAUAUUCAUUUUGAUCUCUGUGCCAUUAAUUUCUUCUAAAGGUCCCAGCAGGUUAAAUAAGGAAUAUCUCUGCUUUCAUAAUCAAUAGUAAAUUGUACUUUGUCAAGUUUCCAGCAACCAGAGGUUAUAUUUCACUUGCUUCUUUUGUUUUCAUCGAAGAACAAAACCGAUGUUGUCCAUUUUACAAAUGCAUUUAUUUAUUGCCCUGCUUAAUAGAAGAAACCAUAUUCGAAAAAUUACAUUAGUAAACAAAUACUUAGUGUUACAUGGCCAUGAAAUUCCCAUAAGCCUUGCCUACCAGGAGCUACCAGCCUCUGUUUGCGCAACAGAGAAUCAUUAUGUGGCUGCACCCAAGAUGACAGGAGCUGCUUCCUGUAUUACACUCACCCAAGACCCAGGAUCAAAAAUUGAUCAGGCACUUGCAAGAAAUGGUGGGUGGGUGGUUGUAAAAUAGCUUUAUUGGCAGCAAGGGCAGGGGCAUGACUCUCAGCAAGAUCCCUCUCCCCAGUCUCCACAAUGCUGGCUUCCUCAAUCAUGCACUGAGUGCCUUGCAAUGGAAGACUCUCUCCAGCCUCCCCUAGAAAUCUCCAAACAUCCUUGACUGGGUUUAUGUUCUGAAUUUGCAUUUAACAAGCACCCCACCCAUCUUCCUGUUUGAUUAGAUGCUCUUCCUGCCACCAAACCCACCAUUCAAGAGGAUAUUAAAUUUCCUGUAGUUUGAAAACUGCUUUCCUGCUACUUACUUUAUAUUUUCUACCUCUUUCUUGUUGUUAGAAUAUCCCAUUGUUCCUAGUGUGCAUAUCACUGGCAGAGCUUUGCAAUGUAGCAAGGAACCGAGGGGUAUUUUUAGCAUUGGCCAAUUGUACAAAUGGGGAGAUAUCAGAUUGACCACUGUUACACACUUCUCCUGAUUUAUGUGUCCUAGAAGUCUAGAGAGAAGAAAAUUAAUGACAUGUAUAACAGGCAAUUGAUCUAUGUCAGCUUGUUUACACAUUCACCAAAAGUUAAACUUACCUGCCUCAUCAAAAAUAUCCCUGAUUCAUUACUUCUAAUUUUCUGAUAUGCUGUUUGCCACAUGCAAUAUCUACCAGUGGUGUGGAGUCUCAGAAAAUGUAUUUAAUUCAGCUAUCUUUUCUUUCUAUUCCUGAAAAAAUGAAUAUGAAAUAAGAGUUGAAUAACUUUACUGUUUGCCCAAUCAUUUUGUAUUUUGUUUACCAAAUGUAUAAAUGAAAAAUCUUUAUCUUUACUUGAGGUAUUCCCUUAAUAGUAAUUUUGAUGUUUCAUCUGCCAAAUUUCUUUCACUUGUUUUUGCAUGUUUUUACAGUAUACUUAUACAGUAUGAUAUGCUGAACAAGCACCAAGAAACAUUGAAUUAAAAUUCACUUCAAAUUGUAUCUUUAUUGUAUUUUUAUUAUCGAAGACAUUGUAUCUUCUUGAAAUUCUGUCCAGGAAGUGAUUUUAAAAGUAUAUUUAUUGAGCACCCACAAUUUAUACUGUUGAUGAAUGGUUUUUCAAUCUUAGGACUCAAUAAUAGGUACGGUAUCUAUUGUAAUUAAAGUAUUUUAACAAAGUAAAAUAUUACUGACAAAAAGUUCAGUUUAUAAAGUGUCAUUUUUGUGCACAUAAUAGCUAAUGUUCAUUUACAAAAUAA